GUUUGCAUUUGUGAAAUAAGCUCCUUUAUAAACCGCUUACCCACAAUUCCUUUUCCUCUUCCCUAUCUGAAACGCCGCCAUGAAGGUCGAGCUGUGCAGUUUUAGUGGAUACAAAAUCUAUCCCGGUCAUGGCCGGCGCUACGCCAGGAUCGAUGGAAAGGUCUUCCAGUUCCUGAAUGCUAAAUGUGAGUCUGCGUUCCUGUCCAAGAGGAACCCCAGACAGAUCAACUGGACCGUUCUGUACCGGCGCAAACACAAGAAGGGCCAGUCUGAAGAGGUGUCUAAGAAGCGCACGCGGCGCGCGGUGAAGUUCCAGCGGGCGAUCACCGGUGCGUCUCUGGCCGAGAUCCUGGCCAAGAGGAACCAGAAGCCGGAAGUGCGUAAAGCGCAGAGAGAGCAAGCGAUCAGGGCUGCUAAAGAGGCGAAGAAGGCGAAGCAAGUGACGAAGAAGCCGUCGGCUCAGAGCACCAAGGCCCCCGCUAAGAACGCCCCGAAGCAGAAGAUCGCCAAGCCCAUGAAGGUCAACGCUCCUCGCGUCGGUGGCAAGCGCUAAACUCGUGCUUUGUGGAUUAAUAAAGGUUUCGCCAUCAA